CAGUAGUAUGUGUAUCCACUUCCGUAAGUCGUAACUUAUGCCAUUUUUCUAAACGCAUCUGCGUAACCACCGAGUGGGUGAAUUUUCAGUACGAAUGAAAUUACCCAGCGCAUGGGCUAUUUGUAUUAUCGCAUGCGAAAUAAACAUGUGCGCUUUCCACUCAGUGAUAACGAAAUGUGUUAACCAAUCCUGUUCACGAUGUGAUAAAUGAGCUGUCCAUACAGUUGCUCUAUGCAUGUUUGAACCAGCUGGUGUUUAAAAUGCUGCUGAGGAAAUAUCGUAGCAGCAAAACACUACUGCUUAGUUUUACAAUCGUUUUUGUUCUAAGCUUAUAUUUCCAUUACAGGCAUAAUCAACCUAUUCGAUCUGAAUACAAUGUCUUAAUAUGGUGGAGUCCAUAUAAGAAUUAUAUAGAUUAUCAUAGGAAAUGUGAGAACAUAGAAUGUCGUUUCACAAGUGAUCGAAAAGCUAAGCGGGACCCAUUUUUUGUGGGCUAUCUUUUUUAUGGCAGUAACAUUUCGGUACGAGACCUGCCUUCUCGACGAAUAACUCAAGAGUAUUGGGGCUUGUAUCAUGAUGCUUCUCCAAAAAGUGUGCCUUUUCUAUUUGAAAGCAUCAAAUUAUUCAAUUUCACAUCAACUUUCAGCAGGCAUAGUGACUUACCACUUACUUUACAAACAUUCACAAGUUUGGAAGAGCUUAUAAACUUCAAAAGAAUGUACUCUUUUGGCGAAAAAACGGCUUUCCAGCGCAAACUAAAAUUAUCUCCUAUAUUGUAUAUCCAGUCUCGGUGCGAUACUUUAACGGGUAGAGAAUUAUAUAUUCGCGAGCUCGGGAAAUAUAUUGGAAUAGAUUCCUAUGGCAGUUGUCUGCACAACAAAACGUAUCCAAUUGGCGUAAAAGAUGAUUCCAAAGUGGCUUCGGAAAUUCGCGAUUUUUACGAUCUAGUAUCGAAAUAUAAGUUUAUUAUAGUUUAUCAAGACAUAGUCUGUGAAGAUUAUAUAACGGAAAAAUUUUGGAAAUCACUAACUUUGGGAGUUGUUCCCAUCUAUUUUGGAGCUACCAACAUCAAAAACUAUUUUCCAAACCCUAAUUCAGCAAUUUUAGUUGAUGAGUAUCCCAGCCCGGUUGAAUUAGCACAAUUUGUGUUGAGCAUAUCAAACAGUGAGGAAAAUUAUAGUAGUUUUCUAUUUCAUAAAAUCGCAGACUUCUACCCAAUUACAAACCAAUUGCUUCUUGAUUCUAUUGUCAAAGACGAUGCGCUCUAUGCCAGGAAUCGAAAGGCACGAGCUAUCGCGGAAUUUGAGUGCUAUGUUUGCACACAAAGCUUCAACGGACGCAAACAAAUUUCGAAAAAACAAGAGUUCUCUUGCAAUAUACCACAUUUUCCUCCAGGCAAUGUAACAUAUAAAGCUGAACCGAGAGUCUCUUCAUUUCUGGUACGAAGUGAACUUCAAGCUGCAUUAGUACAUAAACUUUUAAACCUCGUAUAAACGUUUUUACAGUA